CGGAUUCAAAGUGCGCGCAACUACAGUCAACUUCCACCUCAACAACCAUUUCAAUAGAACUUGACGUGCCAGUCUCCGCUCAGUCCGCGGUUAAAUCGAUUGUCUCUCUCGUUCGACAUCCUAUCAUCCCCUAAAUCUCAAUCAACAUGAAGCACCUCGCAGCCUACCUCCUCCUCGGCCUUGCUGGCAACACCGACCCCUCCGAGUCCGAUAUCAAGGGUGUCCUGUCAUCUGUUGGUGUUGACGCUGACGAUGAGCGUCUCUCCAAGCUCCUCGAAGAGCUCAAGGGCAAAGACAUCAACGAGCUGAUCUCCGAAGGAUCAAGCAAGCUCGCCUCUGUUCCCUCUGGUGGCGCUGGUGGUGCCGCUGCUCCUGCUGCUGGUGGUGCUGCUGCCGGUGGCGCCGCUGCUGCUGAGGAGGAGAAGCCCGCCGAGAAGGAGGAAGAGAAAGAAGAGUCCGAUGAGGACAUGGGCUUCGGUCUCUUUGACUAGACAAUUGGCUCCCGCCGUUGAAUAUGGAUGCGUUGACAAACUGAAAGGAAGUGGCAGAAUGAUCUCCAAGGUGCCAUCUUCGCACGAUGCAUUUCACAAACCCCAGAGUCAGCGAUUGGUAUCUGCAAUGGUCGACUCAGGCGGAAUACAUGCAUGCAAUUACGGACACCAAAGUCAAAUGGCAUUGUAUCACCAAGUUCAGGUUUAAAAGACAAGGCCACCGACCCAGAUAGAUCAAUUGACAAGCCCAUCUAUCGCUUCAACUCUACUUUUCAGUUGAGGUUGUCUUUAUACCUCAGUAGUGGAGAUGUGCAUUUCCUAACCUUCCUGCUGUCUUCGAUCGUAGAGUGGAAUGUAUCAAUUG